AUGGCAAUAGCUGUUGGUUUUUUUUUCUCAGGCACUCAUCUGUACCGUAAUCACAAACCCGGGGGAAGCCCUCUCACGCGCAUCGGCCAAGUACUGGUUGCAUCUUUCAGGAAGUAUCAUGUUGAAGUUCCUGCUGAUGAGGAGUGGUUGUAUGAAACAGCUGAUGCUGAGCUUGCAAUCAGUGGAAGCCACAAGCUCGAGCACACCAACGAUCUUCGAUUCUUCGACAAGGCUGCAGUGAAGAUGGAAUCGGACCACAGAAAUGGCUCGCUGGAUUCGUGGAGGCUUUGCACAGUGACACAAGUGGAGGAGCUUAAGGCCAUCAUACGACUUCUUCCAGUAUGGGCGACCGGGAUCAUCUUUGCCACAGUAUAUUCCCAAAUGAGCACUUUGUUUGUGUUGCAAGGACUAACAAUGCAUACAAAGAUAGGGAACAGGGGCUUUGAUAUCCCGGAAGCGUCUCUGAGCAUCUUCGACACCCUCAGCGUGCUUUUCUGGGUCCCUGUAUACGACAGGCUCAUCGUCCCUGCUGCCAGAAGGCUCACCGGGCACAAGAAUGGGAUCACUCUGCUCCAAAGAAUGGGGAUCGGCCUCUUCAUCUCCGUCUUCUCCAUGAUCUCAGCUGGGAUUCUUGAGCUCAGAAGGUUAAGGUAUGUCGAGAGGCACAACUACUACGAGGUGAAGAAGAUAGACAUGUCGAUUUUCUGGCAGGUUCCUCAAUAUUUCAUCAUAGGAUGUGCAGAAGUGUUUUUCUUUGUAGGAAAUCUCGAGUUCUUCUAUGACCAAGCACCCAAUCCUUUGAAAAGCUUGUCCUCUGCCCUUCAGCUCACAACUAUAUCUCUCGGUAGCUAUUUGAGCACUCUCCUGGUGACUAUUGUGACCAAAAUCAGCACGCGCCACGGGGAGCUCGGGUGGAUACCGAACAAUCUCAACUACGGCCACCUCCACUACUUCUACUGGCUCCUGGCCGGACUGAGUGCGCUCAAUCUGCUAGUCUUCGUUAUGGUCGCCAAGUGGUACGUGUACAAGAAGCCGCUUCGUCGUUGA